AUCAAUUUCCUUUCCUUCUGUAAUACCUCUGAAAUGCACGCAGUCACUCAAAAUGUUCACCACAGGGAAAACCACCCCGCUUGUGUUUCUCACAUGUUUGCAUGUAACUACCUUUUUUUUUUUGCACACCAAAACCCGACAAUACAUCGUCAGCAAAUCAGUACAUCGUGUCCCUAGAGUGUCACGUUCCGAACGGGAGGGAAAUACCGAAUCACGGUGUCGAAUAGGUUGCCUAUGGCCACGGCGUUACCCCGCAGUGAAACCAUGCUGGUUACUCACUUAGCAUAGUCCCACUUGCGGAUCAUGUAGUUCACAUCUUCCGCUGCAUCCAUCGCGUUCGGAGUUUGUCGCCCAGGUUAUUGUCUUUCACUUCAGAGCCACAGGCACAGAGAGUCACAACCGCAGCCCCUCCUCACGAGUGCGCCGCGUGCCGCUCUGGCGUGUGUUGCAGGCGGAGCAUGGUGGCGAGGUCCCAGGCGGCCCGCACUGCCGGCCUCAUCGUCGUCGGGGACGAGGUGCUCAGCGGCUCCGUGGCCGACACCAACUCGCACUUCAUCGCGGAGAGCCUGCACCGCCUCGGCGUGCGCCUGCUCAAGGUGGCCGUGCUGCCCGACGACGUGGAGGCCAUCGCCGCGGAGGUCCUCGAGUUCUCGCAGCGCUUCGACGUCGUCUUGACGAGCGGGGGAGUCGGCCCGACGCACGAUGACAAGACGUACGAGGCCGUGUCCAAGGCGUUCGGGCUGCCGCUCCACUUUAACGCCGACGUGGCCGAGAUGGUGGCCGGUCGCCGCGGGUGCCCCGGCGCGGCGGCGGCCGGCCUCUCGGCCCAGGACGUCGUCCAGAACCCCGCGCUCAAGAUGGCGCUCGUCCCAGCCACCUGCAAGCUGCACCGCAUUCGAGACACCCGGGACACCACCAUCACCAAGCCCAUCGUCCAAGUGCACAACGUGUUCAUUUUCCCAGGUUCACCCGCUAACCUGAGGCGCGCGUUCGCCCAGCUGGAGGGGGACAUCCGGGGGGAGUCGGCUGUCCACUUCCACUGCAGGGAGAUCUACCUGAACGUGGACGAAGACGUCAUCGUGCCGCCCCUCAACCUGGCCGUGGACAAGUACAAGGAUUCGGUCACCUUCGGCUCGUACCCCAACUGCGGCCAGUGGUCGUUCCCGACCAAGCUGACGCUCGAGUCGACGAGUUGGGAGUCGCUGCACGCCGCCACCGACUACCUGCUCGGCAGGCUGCACCCGGGCUGGGUGCGCGGCCUCAGCCCCGCGCCCAUGGAGGCCCUGCGCCUGUACGCCGAGGCCGCGCCCGACCCGCUGUUCCGCACCGCCCUGGGCGACAGCCUGCGCGUGCUGGACGAGUGCUGCGAGCGCUACGCGCCCGACCAGCUGGUGCUGUGCUUCAACGGCGGCAAGGACGCGACGGUGCUGCUGCACCUGGCGUGCGCGGUCAUCCGGCACCGCCACCCCGAGUACAGGGACCGGCCCCUGCACGCCUUCUGGGUGCACUCGUCGGACCCGUUCCCGGAGGUCGUCACCUUCGUCCGGCGCAUGGUGGAGGAGUACAACUUGAAUCUCGAAGAGCUCGCCGGUCCGAUUAAAGUCGGCCUGGAGAAGUACCUGGGCGACAAGCCGCACAUCAAGGCGGCCUUGAUCGGGGUCCGUCGUACUGAUCCGUACUCGUCGAAAUUGGCGGCUUUUCAGGAGACGGACGAGGGCUGGCCGGCGGUGAUGCGCGUGUCCCCGCUGCUGGACUGGAGGUACGCCGACGUGUGGACGUUCCUGCGCGGCCUGCACCUCCCCUACUGCAGCCUGUACGACCAGGGGUACACUUCGCUUGGCCACCCGAACAACACCCACAAGAACCCCACCCUGCGGACGGUGGCUGAGGACGGCACAGAGACUUACGGCCCGGCGUGGCAGCUGCAGGACGGCUCCACCGAGAGGGAUGGACGCUGCUAGCCACCGGGCGAGCGUCGCCGCCGGCACGCUGGCACCGCUGACGCCGCUGACGCCGCUGGCGCGCGCGCUCCGCGCCGCGGAGGACAUCGUGUCCGUGGUGUCGGUAGCGUUCGGGCCGUGGGGGCGCGGCGUGCUGAUCCGGGGUGCGGCCGGCGACCUGACCAUCACGCGGGCGGC